AAAUAUUGAAUAUCCAUCCAAAAUCGAGGGAGGAUUACUACCGAUAGACACAAAACACAGAGACCCAUAACUCCAUCCACCAUUGCUGCAGCUUGCUCUCCUCUGAAAACCCCUUUAUUCCUAUUAUAUUAUUUUUCUUGCUAUACCUUUGUCUUCAAGAGUAAGUGAACCGCCAUUUCAAGCCAACCCCAUUUCUCUCUCCCCUUGUCUCUGUCUCCAUCUCUCUUUCUUCGGAGUUUCAACGCUCUGUUUGGGUAUUUUUUAUAAUUCUUAAAGAGGGUUUCGUACACUCUUUCUCUAACAACACAAAACUCGCUCUAUUAAACUCUACCUUGUUGGCUAUGGCUUCCUUCAUUCCAAUUUCUCAAUCCCAGUCCCUUUUCAGCAAUACCCGUAUCAAAAAACUCCCUCCCCUCUCUCUGCCCACAUCCAAUUUGGGGUCCGAGUUCUUAGCUAAGUGGGGUUCUGUACGGUUUCAGACUCCUCGUGGGAUUACAGGAUUGCCCAUGAAGACCGCCAACGUUGUCGUUUCGGCUACCACGGCUGAGAAGCCAAAGAAGCGGUAUCCGGGUGAGGCAAAAGGGUUUGUGGAGGAGAUGAGGUUUGUGGCCAUGAAGUUGCAUACUAAGGACCAAGCUAAGGAAGGUGAGAAGGAAGUUAAAGAGCCUCAGGAGCGACCCGUGGCUAAGUGGGAACCUACUAUUGAGGGGUAUCUGAGGUUCCUUGUGGAUAGCAAAUUGGUUUAUGAUACUCUUGAGGAGAUCAUUGAGAAGGCGCCUGUUCCUUCUUAUGCCGAAUUCAGAAAUACAGGAUUGGAAAGGUCUGAAAGUUUAGCUAAAGAUUUGGAGUGGUUCAAGGAACAAGGCUAUGUCAUACCAGAACCAUCUGGCCCCGGCAUUGCUUAUUCUGAUUAUCUCAAGGAAUUAUCAGAUAAAGAUCCUCAAGCUUUUGUGUGUCACUUCUACAAUACGUACUUUGCUCAUACUGCAGGUGGUCGAAUGAUAGGGAGAAAGGUGGCUGAAAAGUUAUUAAACAACAAGGAGUUGGAAUUUUACAAAUGGGAUGGUGACCUUUCCCAAUUGUUGCAUAAUGUGAGGGAAAAGCUUAACAAAGUAGCUGAGAGCUGGACAAGAGAAGAGAAGAACCACUGUUUGGAAGAGACUGAGAAGUCCUUUAAGCAUUCAGGGGAUAUUCUUCGUCUAAUAUUGACAUGAUGUGUAAUUUGCUGCUGCUGUUGUAAACUUGUAAUGGCGCAAGCCUAAUGUUUGGAACAUCCCCCUUGCCAUACCAAUGGAGACUUGUGCAUAUUAUAAUGGCUAUAAUUAUGCAACAUAUAAAUAAAAUAUAUAUCACUUUUUUUUCUUCACCAAA